UUUCAACUGCAAUUCAAGCAAAUCAAUUAUGAAGGUUUGUAAAUUGCCGUUCUAUAUGUUUUUUGUUUAUUCACAUAUCUUAUCAAUGUAUUUCUCCUGUUGAUUUCAAUUCUUAAUGUCAUAAUGCGCUUCAGACCUGCAAAGAGGCCUUUGAUAUACUAACAAUUGCAUCCGAGCGUUUGAGGACCGCAAACGCUGCCACCGUCCUUGUCCAGUUAGGUGAAGCUGUCAUCAAAGCGUGUAAAGACAAAUCACUGGAAGUAAAGCUUACCUACAUCACUGUUCUGGACAACCUGAACGAUGACCUUGCGAGACAAGUAGUGACGACGGAAGACGUGACACGCAUCAGUACAGACAUGUUACGAUCCGUUGGACACGUCUUCCAUGAAGCCCUUGGUCAGGCAGACGACGAUUCGAUCACGAAUGAUGACUUUUUGUUGUCACCUGAGGAGAGAGAAGCUCGGAGACGGCGAAUGAAAGAAGAACGUGACCAAAUGAAACGAACCGUUGUUGCACGAGGCCGUAAGAUUCUGAACGAUAUGGCGGAACUUCUGAGAAGAGAGUUGAGACCGGGAGGCCCAGCAAUACGCAUUGACACCGACAGUCUCAGCCUGCAAGUACAGAAAAUCCGUGGAAAGGAUCUGGCAGAUCAUCGGCUGAACGGCACAGGCGUGAACACGGCCUUUCCCUCUGCUGAAACACUGUUUCAAGGCUUUGUGCCCAGGUAUAUUGACGCUAAGGUCAUCAGUUUCCAUGACAACCCUUUCACGUGGGGAAACAACUCAAAUAUCAUCAACUCUGGUGUCCACGACAUCUCUCUGAUACCAUCGACCGUGUCCCCCGGGGAAAUAAGAGACACAGAAGAGGAUAUCCUGAUCACUAUCGCCACCAAUGGAGCAGACUCUUCCAGCGGACUGGUUUAUGAAGUAGAUUCCACCGGCAAUGGGAGCGUGGUGCACCAUGUUUUCAACAUCUCAGACGUAGAUGAUGCUUUCGUCGUCCAAGUCACUGCGAUGAACAGGAGUUCCAGAAUAUCCGUGUUCGGGAGAGGAGAAGGCUUGGCCCAUAGUAAAAACUGUGAAGUAUGUUUGACCUGGCAGGACUGGAAACCGACUGCCUCCCAUCAUGGCGCUCCUGAGUCUCGGUCUGUCAUGUUUUUCGUGUCGGGAAAUAAUCAUACCGGGAGAUACUACGUCGGGGUAGACGUUGCUGGUAUGGACGAUGUCUACCAAGAUGCAGUCGAUGACGGCGUACUUCUUGUGGACCCAGCUGAUCAGUCCAGUUUAAGCCUGAAUGGGACCCAGUUCUACAGCCUGAAGGUGCUGCGUCUGAGCUGUCGUUAUUGGGCGGAGGACACAGAGAGCUGGCUUCCCAAGGGAUGCAAGGUACACCCUACGUCCACAGUCACUGAGACUGUCUGCGCCUGUAAUCACAUGACAGCAUUCGGGGCUGGCUUUGUCACCGCGCCAAACACGAUUGACCUGACCACCGUGUUUGACAAGUUCGCGGACAUAGGGAACAACGCAGGGGUCUUCGCCACCGUGCUGACGACAUUAGCUCUGUACUUUGUCGGGAUCAUCUUUCUAAGGAGAGUGGACAAAGCCGGAAUGAAGAAGUUGAUUGUCCAUAGCCUACCAGACAACCGCUCCACGGACACGUACUAUUACAAGAUGACAGUAUACACCAGUCAUGGCAGAGGGUCUGGAACUAAGUCCAACGUGGCCUUCUCAUUGUUUGGAGACAGUGGGAGUACUGGAGUUAGGGUGUUCAAGCAAGACCCGGAGACCUUCCAGGCUGGUGGCGUGGAUAUCUUCUUGAUGGCUGUUGAAGAAAGUCUGGGUGACCUUCAUCGCCUUCAGAUCUGGCACGACAACCAGGGCGGCGACGACAGGGCCUGGAAGCUAGAUAAAGUCAUCGUGAGAGAUCUGCAGUCAGAAGAUACAAACAGCUUUCUCUGUAACCAUUGGCUGUCACUGGACCGCGGGGACAGUAGAAUCAACCGGAUUCUUCCUGCUUCAACAGAGCAUGAUCUGUCGUCCUUCCACCUUUUCACUACAAAGGCAACCGGCGAUUUUAGAAAUGAGCACAUCUGGCUCUCGACCCUAUUCUGCCCCAGUGGAAGCCAUUUCAGUAAGGUCCAACGUCUCUCCUGUGGACUGUGUAUUAUCUACACCACUAUGAUUGCCAACGCCAUGUGGUACAAAACGGAAAACAAUGUGGAGCAGACGACAGUGGUGAAUCUUGGGAUAGUUUCCUUCACCCUCCAUGAGUUGUACGUCAGCACGAUGACGUCAUUGUGUGUCCUCCCGGUGAACGUGCUUCUCAUCCAGCUCUUCAACCGGUGCAAAGAAAAGAAGCAACCGGCCAAGAAUUCAGUGUAUGCUGCAGAGAAAGAAGACGCCAGAUCUUUGAUGUUGAACACACGGUCGUCCUCCCAAAUUCUUCCCCAUGGAUUUGUGUACGUGGCCUGGUCAGUCCUGGUUCUCGUCUGCUGCGUGUCGGCGUUCUUCACCAUUCUCUACAGCCUGGAGUGGGGACCUGAGAAGGCAAACGCGUGGCUGAAGACAUUCUUGAUAUCCUUCGUGCAAGAUGUAUUUGUAGUUCAACCAGUCAAGAUACUGGCUCUCUCUGCCCUGGUGUCCUUUGUCUGCAAGAAAGCCGCGGUGGUAUCGACGCGGGAUGACUUCGUCAGACAACACGUUGACGUGGAGGAUUCCAGAUCGUCAGAAGGCGGCCUGUUUGCUUGGAUAUCUCACCGUGCGACCAUGAGAGUGGCUAAACAGCAGCUACAUAUGGCUCUCUCAAAACAUCACCAAUCGGAUGCAGAAUCACAGAAAGAGCGAAAGAAGAAGGAAGAGACAAGAAAACAAACAGACAAUGUGAUACAAGAGGUUGUCGGCUUCUUCCUGAUCGUGAUGCUUCUGCUCGUGGUGGCUAACGGCGGUACGAACGUCUACUCUCACCACGCGUACAACACUUUAGGUGGCAUCUUCCAAACGGGCUUUGAUCAGAUCCAAACGGCGGAUGACUAUUGGUCGUGGGCGCGCGAUGUCCUUGUUCCGGGUCUAUUCCAGGAACAACAUUACAACGGUGAUAAACUCGGUUGGAGACGUAGGCGUUUCAUCAGUGACGCCGUUUCUUACAGGAUCGGAGCUGCACGCUUCAAGCAGAUACGAGUUAAAUCCAGAUCCUGUGGUUUUCACCAGCGCUACACCAGCCUGUUCUUGAACCAGGAAUGCAACAGCGGGAACUCCUUCUCAGACGGGGAAACGCGAGACUUUUUACCCGGAUGGAGACUCCUCUCAUCCUCCAAUUCGUCCGAAGAUUUCCAUGAGCAAUCCCCCUGGACCUACCAGAUCCCCGACUCUGGUGGCGAGCUGCCCGUGAUGGCAGACAUUGCCACGUACGGCUCGGGAGGUUAUGUUGCCGGAGUAGGCAGAAACAAAGAUGCCGCCCUCGCUGUCAUCGCUGACCUGAAGGAAGCCGACUGGAUUGACCGCUAUACACGCGCUGUCGUCGUGGAGUUCACGGUUUAUAACGCCAACAUCAACUUCUUCAGCACGAUGUCGUACACGGUGGAGUUCCUCAACAUGGGAGGGGUGGUGUCGUCCCUUUCUAUCCGGACCUAUCGCUUACAUCGGUUCGUGGGCCCAGCUGGGUAUAUCAUCCUGGCUCUGCACAUCCUUUACGUGGUGUGUUUCCUGUACACGCUGUACAGGGAAGCAAAACUGAUGAAGGAACAAGGGAAAAGGUAUUGCCAACAACCAUGGAACCUUCUCGAGAUUGUCAACAUCCUGGUUUCUUUCAGCGCAUUUGCCGUGUUUGCCGUAGACUACAUUACGUCAAGGAAUACCCUGGACAAGCUACUUCAUCAUCAUGAGUCGUCGAAGUACAUCAGCUUCGAUCUUGCUUUCUUCUGGAACCAGGUCUUUGUUUGGACAGUGGCCACCGUCGCCUUCAUCAACAUCUUAAAGUUUCUUCGCGUCCUUCGCUUCAACCCGCUCAUGUCUGUCUUGAUGACGUCACUACGGCGUAUGUUACCAGAGGUCGCGGGCUUUGCCGUUUACUUCAGCUUCCUGUUUCUGUCGUUCGUGCAGCUGGGCCAUUUGGUGUUCGGACUGAAGAUACAGGAAUACUCCACAAUUUCCGCGUCAGGAAAGAGUCUCUUCCUCUGUGCAUUGGGGAGUUUCAAUUUUGAUAAAAUCCUAAGCGCAAGUAGAAUCAUCGGGCCCAUGUUCCUGUACUCCUAUCUGUGCAUCGUCUUCAUCAUCAUCAUCAAUAUCCUGGUGGCCAUCAUCAAUGACGCACUUGUGGUCAUGAGAGGGUUCACGCCGCCUCCGGAACAUAGGGAGAUUCUGCAGGAGUUGUGGAGGAGGCUUGCCAACUUCCUUGGUCUGGCUAACACUGCAAGUCAGGAGAAUGACAUGCUGGCAUCGGAAAGACUGGAUGAUCGUUUGACUCGACUGAACCUUCUUACACGGGCCAUGAAGGAGAGACAAGUCGCAGAGAAUGUGAUGCGAAGCUACUAUCAGGCUUUUGAAUUACCUAGAAAAUGACGUUGUCAUUCGUCAAAUGAUGCCAUGUUAUUUUAGAAAUCAUGCGAUCUCCAAGAAUGGUGUAGUAGGCUGAGGUCAUUUUAUCAACCAUUCUAAAUAUAAAGUCUGGUAGAUAGAGAUCAAGGUCGAGCGUUGUUAUGACGUAGCAAGCUUUCGCAAGCGUAAUGCCGACCUUUGCUUGUGGCAGAUCUGACGUUAACAAUACUGCAGGUGUUGUCUGGCAUGAUGAGACUAUACAAUGUCAAGUAAUGAGAGUAAUAUCCACGUGUAUAUAUUGUAGCGGCCUUUAGUUGCGUAUUGACUGUACAGGUUUAUUAUAAUAGUGGGAAUAAUAUGAAAUAUGAAAGAUAUAUUAACGCUAUACCAAGACGUUUAGACUGUAUGAGUAGAUUUUGUAACAAACGUCUAAGUCAUAGUACCAAGCGUUUAACUUGUAGAUAUACAGUCAAGUAACAAUGGAAAGUUAUGAACAAUACUCUACUCUAAUACUAGUGUUGGCUAUUUCUAAACAGGUUGGGUUUGACUUCUUUUUUGGAAGCAGAGGGAGAGGAAAAGCCCCACUUUUUCUAAAAUUUUUGGGUUCUACGAUUUCAAGAGAAAAAUGGCUUUUUGUUUGUCUGUCAAUGUCCAUGUCCAAACUGUGUCCGUGACUGCCAUGCCAGUAUCGGCCUACGGAGCCACAGUAGAUGCU